ACCUGGGAGGAGACAGGGGGAGGGGGAAGGGCGGGGGCCGGCUGGGCCUGGAGCCUGCGUGGUGGGCAUCCUGGGCAGCGCAAGUGACUGAGGUGUGGAGGGGGAGGAUGCGCCUCUCCAAAACGCUUGUCGACAUGGAUAUGGCCGACUACAGUGCUGCGCUGGACCCAGCCUACACCACCCUGGAAUUUGAGAAUGUGCAGGUGUUGGCCAUGGGCAAUGACACAUCACCAUCAGAAGGUGCCAACCUCAAUGCAGCCAACAACCUGGGUGUCAGUGCCUUGUGUGCCAUCUGCGGGGACAGGGCCACAGGCAAACAUUACGGUGCCUCGAGCUGUGACGGCUGCAAGGGCUUCUUCCGGAGGAGUGUGAGAAAGAACCACAUGUACUCCUGCAGAUUUAGUCGGCAGUGCGUGGUGGACAAAGACAAGAGGAACCAGUGCCGUUACUGCAGGCUCAAGAAGUGCUUCCGUGCUGGCAUGAAGAAGGAAGCUGUGCAAAAUGAGCGGGACCGGAUCAGCACUCGCAGGUCAAGCUAUGAGGACAGCAGUCUGCCCUCCAUCAAUGCGCUCCUGCAGGCCGAGGUCCUGUCCCAGCAGAUCGCCUCCCCUGUCUCCGGGAUCAAUGGAGACAUUCGGGCAAAGAAGAUCGCCAGCAUCGCGGACGUGUGCGAGUCCAUGAAGGAGCAGCUGCUGGUGCUCGUGGAGUGGGCCAAGUACAUCCCGGCUUUCUGCGAACUCCCCCUGGACGACCAGGUGGCCCUGCUCAGAGCCCACGCCGGCGAGCACCUGCUGCUCGGAGCCACCAAGCGAUCCAUGGUGUUCAAGGACGUUCUGCUGCUAGGCAACGACUACAUCAUCCCGCGGCACUGCCCGGAGCUGGCAGAGAUGAGCCGGGUGUCCAUGCGCAUCCUCGACGAGCUGGUGCUGCCUUUCCAGGAGCUGCAGAUCGAUGACAAUGAGUACGCCUGCCUCAAAGCCAUCAUCUUCUUUGACCCAGAUGCCAAGGGGCUGAGCGACCCGGGGAAGAUCAAGCGGCUGCGGUCCCAGGUGCAGGUGAGCCUGGAGGACUACAUCAAUGACCGCCAGUACGACUCGCGCGGCCGCUUCGGGGAGCUGCUGCUGCUCCUGCCCACCCUGCAGAGCAUCACCUGGCAGAUGAUCGAGCAGAUCCAGUUUAUCAAGCUCUUCGGCAUGGCCAAGAUCGACAACCUGCUGCAGGAGAUGCUGCUGGGAGGUCCGUGCCAGGCCCAGGAGGGGCUGAGAGGAUCCUCCAGCGAUGCAACGCAUGCCCAUCACCCCCUGCACCCUCACCUGAUGCAGGAACACAUGGGCACCAACGUCAUUGUUGCCAACACGAUGCCUGCUCACCUCAGCAAUGGACAGAUGUGUGAGUGGCCCCGACCCAGGGGGCAGGCAGCCACCCCUGAGACUCCACAGCCCUCGCCGCCCGGUGGCUCGGGGUCUGAGCCCUAUAAGCUCCUGCCAGGGGCCAUCGCCACGAUCGUCAAGCCCCCGUCCGCCAUCCCCCAGCUGACUAUCACCAAGCAAGAAGUCAUCUAGCAAGCCGCCAGGGGCCGGGGGCUCUGCUGGCUCCCCAGCCCCUUCAGAGAGCCCCUGGUGGUCCCUUGGUCACAGUGAAGGAAGCUGUGACAACAGGGCCAGUCCCAGAGCAGUAAUGAAAAGGGCAAAGGGCCCAAGAACUCGGGCUGCGGGCCACGUCACCUUGCCACACCCCUGCUCUGGAUGACGGGGCUUUGCCUUGGGGAGAUCCCAGCCGGAACACCUCUGCUGCCUUGGACAGCUUUGCCAAAGCCACUGCCUUCCCUCAUCCGUAGCCAUCCCCAACUGCUCCU